GAACAGAAGUGCUUAUCCGAACAAGAUGGCGGUUAGUGUUGAAGUCCCGAUCCGAACGAGACGGCGGUUAGUGUUGAAGUCCCGAUCCGAACGAGACGGCGGUUAGUGUUGAAGUCCCGAUCCGAACAGAUGGCGGUUAGUGUUGAAGUCCCGAUCCGAACGAGACGGCGGUUAGUGUUGAAGUCCCGAUCCGAACGAGACGGCGGUUAGUGUUGAAGUCCCGAUCCGAACGAGACGGCGGUUAGUGUUGAAGUCCCGAUCCGAACGAGACGGCGGUUAGUGUUGAAGUCCCGAUCCGAACAGAUGGCGGUUAGUGUUGAAGUCCCGAUCCGAACGAGACGGCGGUUAGUGUUGAAGUCCCGAUCCGAACGAGACGGCGGUUAGUGUUGAAGUCCCGAUCCGAACAGAUGGCGGUUAGUGUUGAAGUCCCGAUCCGAACAAGAUGGCGGUUAGUGUUAAUUCAAUAUUUGGAACCACGCCGCCAUUGCUAAAACUACAGGUAGACCACAAAUCUAAAACGUUAUUUUAAUACCAUGUCAUGGCAAAAAUAAAGCUUUGACCACAGUUUUAUAAAGAUUUUUAGGCAGUAAAAAUCACAAACAUACAUGCAACAUCCUGCAGGGUGCUGGAUUGUUACUGGUGGAAGGCGGAAUAAAACCCAAUAACUGUCCAGUUUGAUUUAGUAGUUUACUACUCGGGUACGUGUGAAGUCCUCUCUGAAUGACGUUCAUGCUAUAAGCAGUGAGCUUCACCUCGAUGCCACAUUCCCUGCGGUUAUAAAGCCCGGUGUGGCGCGGCUGGCGCCAUUUUUAUCCCGACCCGAUCCGGAGCCAUGGCCAUGCUCAGAGUGUCUUCAUACCGCCGGCUGUUUGACGACGACAGGCGGAGUCCUAACGAAGGGCCGAGGCUGCACCAGGCCUCCGCCAGGUGUGCCUCUGCUGGCAAAUGUGACUGUGAUAAAGUAGACUUUGUUACAGCCACAGCUCUGAAUAAAGCGGGUCUAGACCGGCUCAUCCAGGAGCGGACCACCAUGGCUGCCCUCAACGACCGGCUGGUCAAACUCAUUGAGUUGGCCCACUGUUUGGAAGAGGAGAACGGCUCUCUUGAAUGUCAGAUUGCUGAUCUGGAGGAAAAUCUGAACGGUCAACCCACCUCUACUGAAAUCACCUCCACUGCAGCGAAACCGAAGUUCAGCUUGGAGGCAGUGGUGGAAAAACUGCGCAGGCAGAAGGAUGAGAUUAUUUGUGACACAGAGGAGCUGAAGGAAGAGCUUGAAUGUCUCCAGAAGGAGUUUGAAAAAGCUGCAUAUCAGAGGAUCGUCGUCCAGCAGGGACAACAAGAUGCGGCUGAGGCGGUCGAUGCUGUGACUGCAGAGUGUUUGGCUCUGAGGGACCAAGUGGCCGUCUAUGAGGAGCAGCUGGCAAACAUGGAGACCCAACACAAGAUGGAGGUGGAGAGCCAGCUGCAGCCUGAUGAAAGGGCGCUGGCUGCAGCUGCGGUCAGGUUUGGCAGCCCUGACAUCACCCCAGCCUUGGAAGUGAAGGAGUACCACCGCCAGCUGGCCGAGAGCCUCCAGCUGGAGUUUGGGGCGCUCUCCUCUGGCAAAAGCGAUGGAAAGAAACUGGAAGCGAGAGGAACUGGUGGGUCAAUGGUCAAAGACCCAACAGAGAUAACUGAUGUGGACGAGAUGAAGACUCUGAUUUCAGAGCUGCAGAAGGAACUCGAUGACCUUGAGAAGAGUAAUGAGGAGCUGUUGGAUGAAGUUGAGGUGAAAGGGGCUGCGUACAUGGAUGAGGUUGAAGAGUUGGAGUUUACUAUAACAGAAAUGAAGCAGCAGGAGGUUGACUUCAAAUCCCAGAUGAAAGAGCAGUGUGAGGAGUACAGGAAGCUGCUCAGUGAGAAGAUGGCAAGAGACAUGGAGAUUGCAGCCUACAGGAGUCUGGUGGCGGAAGAGGAGGUGAGACUCUGCAGCCUGUGACUCGGCCCGAUCCGAUAGACCUCUGCUGGAUCCUCCCCUGAUGCACGGAUUAGAAAACAGACCAGAAAACAUGACAAACGGACCCAGAAUGAGCACUUUGAUGAAGCGUAAGCGUAGCAGUUCUAGCCACUGACAGAUUGAAACCGCCCGGAGGCCUCAGCCAGCUGAUAACAGGUCGCAUGCAGAUGACCUGGAGACUAAAAUGGAUCAGUCUGAAACCUGUAGGAGGCUCUGGUCUGGCUCUAAUAUUCCUUUAAAGUGGGUUUUAUCUCCUCCAGCUCUCUGAUUCCCACACAUUUUGUUCCCUUUUUGUAAAACAAGGUUUAAAUUCAAAGGGGUAGUAUUGUGUAAAAUGUAUUUUUUUGAUCUUCAUAUUAUUUUAUAAUGUUAUUUCCUUUUCAAAAACACACUUGGAGUGUUGUCUUGAUUCUUUCAUAUUUGAGGAAUCCUUUAAUCUCCAUGGCAACCAUUCAGCUGUGCAAAACGCCUGGGUGGACCUAGCCCCGCCUUCGAGGACAAACCUCCCCCUCAGAGAUGCAGUUCCAGAGCUUUCACCUCACAGAGCAGCUCUACUUAACCCAACUCCUUCAGACUAGCCAGCAGCAAUUAGCAAACACCUGGUGGAACUCGUUGUAGGAGCUACUUCUCAGUUCAACGCUGGUAAAAACGUUGUUAAAGGGUUAAUAAAGGAGCAAGUUGCAAGCAGAGCAGGUGUUUUUAAAGAGGCCCAAUUUAAAGGUGUUAAAUUACAAAGUAAAAAUUUAAGUCAUAUUUUAUUUUUAUAACAACAGAAGGAAACAUUGUUGCUCAAUUAUGCUACAAAAUGGCUAAAACAAAACAACAUAACACUGCCCCUUUAACCUCAAAACUAAAUUUUCCAUUUUAUUGCCUUAUUAGGACUGAGAAGUCUGAAUUCUUCAAACAAAACAAAAAUCAUAACAAAGUGGUGAGUUUCUGUAAUGAAUAUCGUUUUGUUCUAAUAAUGAAAGAGUCACAAAGAAAAGAGUUUUGGUGUUACCUUUGUUGUAAUGAUGCAGUUUGCGCCUGGAGAACACAUAAUGCCGCCCCUUUAAAUGCAGAAACACAGAGCCACCUCGUCCGUCACUCAAACUCUUUCUGAUUGCCACCUCUUAACCUUUGACCCCCUUGCUGUAAUCAGACACACAGACGGGCUCCUCCUCCGUCACUGAAAGCGUCCCACCUUGCUUUUGUUUUUACAGUCAGAUCUGCAUGCUGCUUGUGAGAGUAAGCUGUGUUUGCUUAGCAAAUGGCUCGUGAAGUUGUUUUUGUGAAACCUUCAGCAAACGAGCACCUGGAUCUGAGUGAUUCAUUGUUUCCUCUUCCAGAACCAGUGUCCCAAUUUGAUGUCAUUUCACAAAAAAGUGUUCGGCAGAGCAUUCCUCACUAAUCUUUUCCUUAUUGUUAGCAUCAAAGCUGUCUGUUAUCAAUCAUCCUGCACAAGCAUUAAAAUGUACUUGGGAUUUAGAUUAAAUAAAACUGAAUGCUUGAAAAAUCACA